AUGGCAACUUCACAGUGGGGAUAUGAUGGCCCAAAUGGUCCUGCUCAAUGGAGCAAGCUGUACCCCAUCGCCAAUGGAAAUAACCAGUCUCCCAUUGACAUUAAAACCAGUGAGGUCAAACAUGACACCUCUCUAAAGCCCAUCAGUGUCUCCUACAAUCCAGCUGGUGCCAAGGAAAUUAUCAACGUGGGACAUUCUUUCCAUGUGACUUUUGAGGACGAUAAAUCAGUGCUGAAAGGUGGCCCUCUUUCUGACAGCUAUCAGCUCGUGCAGUUCCAUUUUCACUGGGGCAGUACAGAUGAAUAUGGGUCUGAGCACCUGGUGGAUGGAGACAAGUACGCUGCAGAGCUCCACAUAGUUCACUGGAACUCGGCAAAGUAUUCCAGUGUGGCUGAUGCCAUCUCAAAGCCUGAUGGGAUAGCAAUUAUUGGUGUUUUGAUGAAGGUUGGUCAGGCCAACUCAAAGCUGCAGAAAGUACUCGAUGCCAUAAGUGAAGUUAAAACUAAGGACAAAAAAGCCCCAUUCAAAAACUUUGACCCCUCCACUCUUCUUCCCUCGUCCCUGGAUUACUAUACCUAUUUUGGCUCUCUGACUCAUCCUCCUCUCCAUGAAAGCGUAACCUGGAUCAUCUGUAAAGAGAUCAUCAGCAUCAGCAAAGAACAGCUGGCACAGUUCCGCAGCCUUCUCUCAAGUGCCGAAGGUGAGAAAGCUGUCCCCGUACUGCACAACAACCGACCACCACAGCCUCUGAAGGGCCGAGUGGUGAAGGCCUCAUUCUGAUGGGGCCAAGAAGGGGCUCAUCCCAA